AUGUUAAUGAAAUUUGAAGUUUCUGGAGAACAUCUGUUGAGAUUUAUUUUCAUUGUUAUAUGCGCGAGCAUCAUUAUAGGAGUCUCUGCAAACAAAAUAAAUAUAGUAUUUGGAUUUAUCAAUAUUAAAAAUAUAGAACCGCUAAUUUCCAUGCAAAUUAAGGAUUUAUCCAAGGAUGGGAUUCCAGUUUGGUCAUCAUUUGUAUGCUCACCAAAUAUAACAAAAUUAGAAGUAGAAUCAUUAAAAAGAGGCGAAUCGAAUGGUGAAUCAAAAGAUAAAGCGACAAUCCUAUCACCAGAACAUAUUACAAAAACUUCAACAAAUGCCUUAACAUCUGGUGAUUGGACCGAAAAACAAGAGGUUUGGCCUUGUUUUGUAUUUAAUCCAAGAAACAUCCGGUUCUUUCCUGGUGAAGUUGAUCAAAUUAUUUUAAUAGCUUAUAAUGAUAAAGAAGUUAUUAAAAGUAAUCCAAACGGUAUAUUAUUUGGUAUAUUUGAUGAAGAAAGAAAUAUGUCUAGUGUUCAACCUUUUGCUGGUCCAAUUCCUUCUGUAAACACUUUUACUUUCACAAGUAGCACAAAUACUUAUACGGAGAGAAGACCAUAUACUCUAUACGAUCUUGUUUCCUCCGUUGGUGGUCUUUUGACAUUAACUUCGGUGAUCUGGUUUUUUUUGUUUGGGAGAGGCAAAUACCGUUCAUGGGGAAUAGUCCAGCGAUAUUUGCUACAUACUUCACCAAAUGCGAUGAGAAAAGAUGAUAGCGAUCUAUUAUUACCUAUUUCUUACAAAGAUAAAGACGUAGAGCGUCAAAUGAGUAGCAACACACUUGUUGGUUCACCGAGUACAAUAACCGGAAAACCGGUCUCUUCAUCACCUCCUCCUAUAAGUGACAAUAUACACACAAAUUCAUUAUAUUAUUUCUCAGCUACAGGAACUCCAGCACAACAUGGAUUUUCUCUACCACCGUUUCAUCCAGUUUCAAGGUCAAAGAGUCUAAAUAAAAAAAUUGAUGCUAGAAUUAAUCAGAAACUUUGGUUUGUUGAACAAACCUUAAGUCGUCAUUACCUUUCUGGAUUUAGAUUACGUAAUUAUGAUGUUGAACUGAAAAAAUUGGAAACUCUUAAAAAAGGUCACACGUCUUCCAGUAUAAGUUCUUUUAAUCCAGAGGAACUCAGACCUCAAUACCCAAAUGUAACUAUACGCCAAAGUUCUCUUGAAAAGAAACCUAUGGGAAGAAAUAAAAUAAAUACUGAAUCAACUGAUAUAGGUGAUGGAUAUUCUGAUUCAUAUGUAUCUGCAUCAACACCAUCAUCAUCUCACUUACCCAAUAUUCCUGUGCAAUUACUACCUCGUAAAACAAUCACCAUUAUCACAAAGUAA